AUGUGCCUAGGCGGUCAUCUAGCCUAUCGUUGCGCUUUCGAUCCCCGCAUCUCCAGUGCAAUUUGCUAUUUCGCAACCGAUAUCCACAGCUCCACGUUGGGCAAGGGUAAAAACGAUGACUCACUCGCUCGCACCAAAGACAUCAAAGGAGAACUGGUUAUGAUCUUUGGUAAGAUGGACACUCAUGUCCCAGCCGAGGACGCUUUCAUUCGCGACGAACUUAGCAAGGGCCGGUACGAUGCUGCGUUGUCGGGGAUCUGUUUCGAGAUGCUCAAGGAGCUUUUCGAUCGGACGCUGCGAAGUGACCUCGGGCCAAAGAGUGGUGGUGACGUCGAGGUCGAAGAUGUCUGUUAG